AGAAUGGAGUAACAUCCAUAUGAUUCGCCUAUAUGAGAUAAUUAUUAUUUAAAGAAAAAUUGAUAGUGUGUGUUAUACGUCACAUUAUAAUUAUUAUCAAAGGAGAUAGCGGGAUAUCUUCCUUUACAAAUAAUUAUUCUUUUUCUCAGACUAUUUAAUAUUUUAUUUAUGGCAAUGAGUUCUAUAGUGAAAAAGUCUUGCCCCUUUAUGGAGAAAUGCUAUCGGAAAAAUCCUAUUCAUUUUAGCGAAAUGUCACAUCCUCAUUUGGAGAAAUUACUAGUAAAUCAGCUCGAUGGUACAAUAGAAAUACCAGAGGUCCUUCAUUUUGCAUGUAAUGAUCGUUCACAAUUACUGGAUCAAUUAAAAGUAUUGCAAAUGGUACUCAGAAAAGAGAGAAACAAGAAUGGGGAUAAUUUGUUACCUAUAAGUAGUCUAUCUUCUGAAGUACAAUCUUCGUCUACUGCAACAUCAGAUAUUAAAGAAGAUUUGAAAGAAAAAGCAGAGAGACAUAAGAAAGCAGUGAUACAGAAGAGGCAAGAUAAACUCAAACAGAUGGAUGCAGAAGCACAGGCACUCUCUAAAGCUUUAAUUAAAGAAUGUGAGAAUUCAAAUAGCACCAAGGCAAAAAAAAGAAAUCAGGAAUCAUCUACAGCUGGUCCUUCCGUAACAAAGAAGAUGAAACGAAUGAGUAUAGAGAGCAGCAAUCAUGCUAAAGAUAGUCAACAGAAUAUCAGUGAUUCUCAAAGCAGUUCUACAAGUAAUGAACAAAGUGCAAAUUCUGGAACGUCCAUUAUGGAUAUGUAUCGAGCUUGUGAUUCUGAAAACGCCAGAAAGGAAGUUAGAAAGAAAGCCAUCCAGAUGAUGAGACGUUCUGGAUAUGAAGUAUCUGUUGUGGAGCCAGGAGAGUUUGCAUUAAAAUAUGCCUUUUCAGCACCUUAUCACUUAUUUUAUACAAGGAUUGAAAAAUCUAAGGAGACUUAUAAUCAACAAUUCUCUAUUACUUUUCCUGAGAUUCUCGACAGAAGUCUUGGAGAGAUUGUUAAUAGUCUUCAUAUGAAUUUUAUGGUAGAUGUUGGAUGGUUGUGUUUGCAAUAUCUGUUAGCUGGCCAACGUACUGACAUGAUGAUUUUAUAUGGUGAGAGAGUAGACCGUGAGAAAUUAGGCUCCAACAUUACCAUGAUACAUGUAGAUAUGCCAGUUCGAUUUGGUUGCCAUCAUUCUAAAAUCAUGAUUUUUCAAUACAAAGAUGACGGAAUCAGAGUGGUAGUUUCCACUGCUAAUUUGUACUCUGAUGAUUGGGAUAAUCGGACACAAGGGCUGUGGAUCUCGCCUCACUUACCUUUGCUUCCGGAAUCCGCAAAUCCCAGUGACGGAGAAUCUCCAACGGGUUUUAAAAAAGAUCUCGAACGUUAUCUGAGUAAAUAUAGACAUCCGGCUUUAACACAGUGGAUAUGGGCCGUACGGAGGGCAAAUUUUUCUGCUGUGAAUGUGUUUCUUGUGGCAUCUGUUCCUGGAACUCACAAAGACGCCGAGGUCGAUUCUUGGGGACAUAGAAAAUUGGCAUACGUCUUAUCGCGUCACGCCACGUUACCACCGGAUGCUCCUCAGUGGCCUAUAGUUGCGCAAAGUUCUAGCAUAGGUAGUCUUGGACCAAAUUUUGAAAGCUGGUUGUCGAAAGAUAUCAUUCCGUGUAUGUCAAGGGAGACUACUAAGGGCUUAAAGAGCCAUCCAAACUUUCAAUUCAUUUAUCCAUCGAUAGAGAAUUACAAGCACAGCUUCGAUUGUCGGAAUUUGUCUUGCUGUUUACCCUAUAGCGCGCAAGUGCACUCUAAACAACAAUGGAUAGAAUCAUAUUUAUACCAGUGGAGAGCUAAACGAACAAGACGAGACCGCGCGAUGCCUCACAUUAAAUCUUAUACGAGAAUUUCGCCCGAUUUGAAAAGGAUUCCAUGGUUUGUGCUCACCAGUGCGAAUCUGAGCAAAGCCGCGUGGGGAGUCCAACGAAGUAAUCAUUAUAUAAUGAGUUAUGAGGCCGGUGUUAUAUUCAUACCAAAGUUUAUCACUCAAACAACAACGUUUCCCAUUGAAGAUGAAGAAGACCCAGCUGUUCCAAUAUUUCCGAUUCCGUACGAUCUUCCGUUACGUCGAUACGAUUCCAGCGACAGUCCUUUUGUCUGCGAAUUUCUCAAUACUCCGGGUAGAAUGUGAUUUUUCGAAUGAUAUUCAGUUUUUUAAAUCUCUUUUUAAAUAAUAGAAUAUUUGUAAAAAAAGAAAGAAUUCACUCGUUGAUAAUUGCAUACAUAUUUAUAUUUGUUCAUAUAUAUUUUUACAACAUUAUAAAAUAAUAAAAAUCUUUAUUCUUUUCCAGAGCAAAAGCACGUUUCUUUUGAAACUUGUAGCUUUUUUAUGACUUUUGUGUCACAGAAAUUUUCACACCUUGAUUGUAUUUUCUCAACUUAACAGUUCCGAUCAUAGUCACUUAAUAUAUAUUCACUGUCCGUAUCACUAUUUUUAUGAAUCAUGAGUCAAUCGCAAGAGGGAUAACUAUGCAUAAAGGAGAAAAAGUAAAGAAACGAAGGCGAAGGCUGAAAUGUUAGUGAGAAUUCGCACAUGAUGCGUAACUUUUUUUCUAUUUUGAUUUCACGACGAAUUCAUACCAGCGUCUCUUCGGGACACGUUUUCCAUAAAACAUCAGCAUGAAAGUGCUUCCUCGAUGCGAGGGCCAAAAUAUCUUCUCUCGUAGUAUUAGUACUGUCUGUACAUGCUCAGCCUUCAAACGGCUGUUAAUCAUACCGCAAUAUAUGUCGCAUAAGUACGCGGCAAUUAUGUGUGUUCCGCACGCACGUUGAGCAACGCAUCUCAUCGCGAGAAAUAAAUACGAUUCAUAGAAAUAAAAUAUUUAUUAAAAAGGUCAGGUUUUGCGAUCGAAAAACGUGGCUUGUAACAUAAUGCAUUAGUAAUGCAAAUAGCUACUGUUUCUUUUAUUAAUCAUUUUCAUUAAUACAUUUACGUUCAUUGUUUACAAACGAGAUAAAGGAAACAGAUAUUUGAUCUUUUUUAUUAUACAUACUUCGAUGUAGGUAUCUUUGUUCAUCUUUACAUCUUAUCUCGAUACACACGUUCUUAUCUUUUGUUAAUACAUUAUAUUGCAUUUAGAACUAUAAAGGAAUGUCAACAUCACUUCCUUCAGUAAAUACAUACUAAGCGAUUCCGCAAUGUUUCGCAUUUUUAUCGAUUUUGCCUGGUAAAAAUCUCAUUAUACCAAACUUGUCA